GUGGAUGAAUCAGUUCAGCCGUCUUUAGGACAAACGAAGUAUGGAACAGUGGGAAAGCUUUCAUAAUCAACAAGAGGACACUGAUAUCUGUUCAGAAUCUGUGAAGUUUGAUGCUUGCUCAAUGACAGCUUUGAUACCUCUGAAUCCUAAAAAUGGCCUUGGCCUUCAAGAGAAACUGAAGUCCUUCAAAGCUGCGCUGAUUGCUCUUUAUCUCCUGGUGUUUAUAAUUCUCAUACCUACCAUCGGAAUAGUGGCAGCUCAACUCCUAAAGUGGGAAAUGAAGAAUUGCACAGUUGGUUCAAUUUAUGCCAAUGAAAUAUCUCAAAGUCUCCUGGGAAAAAGAAAUGACAGUGAAGAUAAAAUAAAAUUUCAAGAAGUUAUGGAAAACAUGGGCAACAUGGAGAAGAGAAUUCAGUAUAUUUCAGAUAUACAAGCCAAUUUCAUAGAUUCAGAACAUUUCCAGAAUUUCAGUGACAUGACUGAUCAGAGAUUUAAUGAUGUUAUUCUCCAGCUGAGUACCUUGGUUUACUCAGUCCGGGAACAUGGAAAUGCAAUAGAUGAAAUCUCCAAGUCAUUAAUAAGUCUGAAUACCACAUUGCUUGCUUUGCAGCUCAAUAUUGAAACACUGAAUAACAAAGUCCAAGAGAAUACAUUUAAACAACAAAAGGAAAUGAAUAAAUUAGAGGAGCGUGUGUACAAUGCAUCAGCAGAAAUUAUGUCUCUGAAAGAAAAACAAGUGCAUUUGGAACAGGAAAUGAAAGGAGAAGUGAAACUAUUGAACAACAUCACUAAUGAUCUCAGACUGAAAGAUUGGGAACAUUCUCAGACAUUGAAAAAUAUCACUUUAAUUCAAGGUCCCCCUGGACCCCCAGGUGAAAAAGGAGAUAGAGGUCUCACUGGAGAAGAUGGUCCACGAGGCUUUCCAGGUCCAAUCGGUCCUCCAGGUCUUAAAGGUGAUCGGGGAUCGAUUGGCUUUCCUGGAAGUCGAGGAUUGUCAGGACCACCAGGGAAGACUGGGAGGCCAGGAAAUUCUGGACAAAAAGGACAGAAGGGGGAAAAAGGGAGUGGAAACAUGCUAACUCCAUCUAAGACAGUCCGACUUGUUGGUGGUAGUGGCCCCCAUGAAGGCAGAGUGGAGAUUUUCCAUAAUGGACAGUGGGGUACAAUUUGUGAUGACCACUGGGAAUUGCGUGGUGGACAGGUCAUCUGUAGGAGUUUGGGAUACCAAGGUGUUCAAAAUGUGCAUAAGGGAGCUAAUUUUGGACAAGGGACUGGUCCAAUAUGGUUGAAUGAGGUCUUUUGUUUUGGGAAAGAAUCAUCUAUUGAAGAGUGUAUGAUUCGACAAUGGGGUGUGAGAGCCUGUUCACAUUCUGAAGAUGCUGGAGUCACUUGCACUUUAUAA